AUGAGACUGGCUCACACACACGGGCUCACUCUCGAAGAAGUGACUCUCAAACCUUCCACAGCACAGAUCGAGCCUCCCGUGGAUGGGGUCUCAUUAAAGAAUAACGGCAGGCUGGCUGCCAAAAUGAAGGCUGGUCUGGAGGCCGCUAGACAACAAGCAGCGAUGAAGGAGACUCUUCGCUUGAGACAGACAUUACCUCUGAUGGCCGAGGGGGCGCAGCAGGCCCUUCUCAAAUUGAUCGACGACAAUGAUAUGGUGAUCGUCCUGGCUAAAACUGGCUCGGGGAAGACUACACAAGUCCCUCAGAUUAUACUCGACAACAAAAUCAUGUCUGGCCAAGGCCCUUGUACAAACAUUGUUUGCACCCAACCUCGGCGCAUUGCGGCAACUUCUGUGGCACAGAGGGUAUCUCACGAGCGCCAUGAUACCAUCAGAAAUACUGUUGGCUACCAUAUUGGCCACGAUAACUGCUCGCCAAUUCCGCGUGGCAGCAUCACUUAUUGCACCACAGGGAUCCUCCUCAACCGACUCAUAGCCAACCCACAAGCAACAUUGUCUUCCCAUUCGCACAUCAUUGUUGACGAGGUCCACGAACGCGAUAUACAGAUUGAUCUUGUCCUCUCGCUUCUUCGCAGGGCUAUGCGAGCCAGGAGGGCCGCGCAGGAGAGCUGCCCUAAGGUUAUCCUGAUGAGUGCUACCAUUGACCCGACGACUUUUCUCGACUAUUUCAGACAGCCAGCGGAGGACGGCUCUAUCCUCAACGUCGAUUGCCUCGAUGUAGAAGGAAGGCGUGCGCAUGUCGAAACCCACUAUCUGCCUGAGAUUCUCUCAGAAUUGUCGCAAGGUGGCGACCUACACCCCUCAAUACGCCAGUUGAUUAAGGGUGGUCACCACCAAUCUAGCGCGCAACAGAUCGAACAUGAGAUGCGUUUUUCUGCCAGGCAAAUAAAGAUGGCAUCAUCGCAUUCACACUCCAGGAAAAAAGGCGCAAAUGAGUCGUCGCCGCUGCCAGAUGCUGUCGAUGAAUCCGACUCGGCUGAACUUAUAGGCUCGAUGCGUGUGGGCUUAGCUGUCUCCGUAAUCGCCCACAUUGCGAAGACUAAGCCUGACGGCGAUGUAUUGGUGUUUUUUCCUGGUUCGACGGAAAUGGAAAAGGCCGAGCUUCUUUUGACCAGCGGCCGCUUCGCCACUCUGGGACUUGACUUCCAGGAUCCAGAUAAGUUCCGGCUGUUCAAACUUCACUCGCUGCGCCGGGAAACCAACGAUCAAGUCUUUGAACCUGUUCCUGAGGGCUGUCGGAGAAUCGUCCUGACGACAAACAUUGCAGAGACCUCAAUCACGCUUCCAAAUGUCGUUCAUGUCGUCGACACUGGCAAGGAGCGAAAUAGCCUGUUUGACCCUUCGACCCUUGCCAGGAGUCUACCUUAUACUUGGAUCAGCAAGACCAGCUCAGUUCAAAGACGUGGACGUGCUGGACGCGUCCGAGAUGGUCAUUACUACGCUCUGUUUUCAAAGGAACGCCAUGACUCACUUCGACCAAUGCAACGUCCUAAGAUCGAGCAGACCGAUCUCGCGGAAAUGGCUUUGCAGUUCAAGGCAUUCCCCCAACACGUCGAUGUCGAAGGUCUUCUUCUCGACACAAUAGAUCCGCCCACCUCUGAAUCGGUCGCGAGCGCGAUCAGACAGUUACAAAGUCUGGGCGCAUUGACCGAAAGAGGGGACAUCACAGAUCUAGGCAGAUUACUGUGGCGCCUGGGAGUCCAUCCAGCAUUGGGCAAGGGCAUUCUCAUGGGAUCACUGUUCGGAUGUCUGGAACCCAUGCUGAUUAUUGCCUGUCACGAUCCUGGAGCUCCUCUUGUGUCGACUCUAGCACUGAGUAUCGACAGACUCAGAGUUGUGAAACAGCAAUACCUUCCCGAAUUCGAGAGUGACUUUGCGUGGAUCAUCGAGGCCUUCAAAGAGUACCAUGAAGCCAACCUGGCCGGUGACGAAAAUCUCAUGCAGGAGUUAUGUGAGACCAAACACAUUCGACACCGCGCCUACCUGGAUAUGAUGAUGACAAGCAAAGGACUCCACGAUGUCCUCGCGGAAAUUGGAUUUGUUCCGCCUCCUCAGUCCGGCAAAACCCUUUUCGAAUCGCUUCCUGACUCUCUAAAUGUAAACAGUGACAAUAUGGUGCUUGUUAAAGCGCUGCUUGUCAACACUGUCAGCGCUGAACUAGCCGCCUGGCGGGGAGCGACAAGCUUGAGGGGCCGUCAAUAUGGUUGGUCGACUGAUAGUCGUGAUCUCAUCGGCAUGAUAUCGAAACACGGGGUGAAUGAAGCGAACACUCGGGGGGACCGACGUCAGAAGAAGAAAUACCGAAGCUAUGGUCGCUUGAUGGCAUACACAUGGAAACAAGCGGGGCUCGACGGACCUGACGAUGUCGUGUGGCUCGAACAGGCAUCCAUGGUGACACCGCUCAUGGCCAUCUUAUUCUGUCGGAGUCUCAAGCUGCAAGUAGAUCAGGUGUUGGAACUCAAUGGGUGGCUUCGGCUCCGUUUCUUACCACCUGACGAUGUUGCGCCAGGAAUCUCGGAUCAAGCGGCGGCCAUCCUGAUGGAAUUGAGGAAAACAGUCGAUCGAUUUGUGAACCUCGCAUGGCUAGAGCUAGAGAGGCUGAAUCAACCUCGAGGACAACACAACUCUAAAAGCCAGGGCCAAGCUGCAACACCAAGCAGAUUGGGUCUUGGGCUGAGGAACGUCAUGGUGGAAGCGAUUGUGAAAAUGCUUGAUGCCGAUGAGGCGUAUUGGAAGGAGUGGCGUGAACGGCGCCGCACGGAGAUUGCUUUGGAUGUUGCACGGCAAAACAAGGAGCAGGAAGCCGCAGAGGCAGAAGCCGCCGUUGGUGACGAGGAUCAAGAAACAGAGCAACAGGAGGACGCCGCAGAAGAGGAGGACGACGACACUGAGUCGGAUGCACAAGGCCGCCGCAGGAAUGAUGCUGCUGAUCCAGCAUACGAGAAGGCUCCAACCUGA